AUGGGCUUCAGUUCUCUCAAAUCCAACAACCCCUUCCGGAGCCACUCGUCCAACAACAACGUGGACGACGUGCCCCCGCCAGCAGGGCCGCCCCCCUCUUACGCCGGCGCCGGAUCCGGACCGGGCCAGGGAGACUACGCCCCGCCCCCGGGGCCCCCGCCAUCCUACGGCCAGCAGCAGCAGCAGGGCCCCGGGGGCGACUAUGCACCACCUCCAGGCCCGCCGCCCUCUCAGCAGCAGCAGCAGCACGGCAAGAAGCCCGCCGCCGACGAUGACUUCGCCCCGCCACCUGGCCCCCCUCCCACACAGCAACAGCAGCAACAGCCCCAGCACAACUGGCAGGAGGCCGUCCCGGACACGUCGGGGUUCCCGCCCCCACCAGACAUCUUCUCGGGCUGGGACCACUCCCCGGCCACCAACGCGUCCGCGGACCAGGCCGACGCGGGCGAGGCCUGGUGCAGGCGGUACCCCUUGUCCCCGCCAACCGACCUGAACCGCGCCGACCCGGGGCUGCGGCAGCGGGGGAUCGUGCCGCGGCUGAUCACGCCCCCGGCGGGUGUGUUUGGGUCCAGCGGGAGCACGCUGACGCAGUCUGCGUCUUCGGGCAGCUGGGCGGUGAGGAGCGACAAGCGGAAUGGGGACUGUUGCAUCAUUGGGUACCCGCAUGCGUACCUUGUGCAGAGGGACAGCCCGCUUGCCACGGGGAGGCCGGCGACGGUCUACUUUGAGGCCUACGUGCGCGAGAUGGGGAGGGAUGCUGGGUUUGCGGUGGGGUUUACUGCGUUGCCUUAUCCGCCGUUCCGCAUGCCAGGCUGGCACCGCGGGAGCCUGGCCGUCCACGGCGACGACGGGCACAAGUUCGUCAACGACCGGUGGGGAGGCAAGGACUUCACCGCGCCCUUCAGGAAGGGCGAGGUCGUGGGCAUCGGGAUGACCUUCUCCCCUGGCGCUGGGGCGGCCACCUCCUCCUCCUCCGAGAAGAAGGGGAAAGGAAGUGGGGGGGCAGGAGCAGGAGCGGGGACAGUCAUCGAGACGGAGGUCUUCUUCACGAGGAACGGCAAGCUGGACGGGCGCUGGAACCUGCACGAGUCCCUCGACGCGGAGACGGACCUGCCCGUCACCGGCCUCGAGGGGUAUCACGACCUGGCGGUCGCGGUUGGGACGUUCGGGCAGGCGUCCUCGCCGCCAGAGCAGCCCUUGCCUCGGUCACCCUUGGAGAUCCCAUCCGAUGUGAUCCCUGCCAGCGACUGGGUGGAAGACAAUGCCAUAGUCCCCGACUACAAUGUCCCCUUCCUCGAGUACCAACCUUCGGACAUCGUGGCUGUGAACACAUUCGAUGAGAACAGCACCUCCAUCGACCAUGAGACCUAUUCUGCGGACGCCAAUGACACAAGUGUCAUCCUCGUUGCUGGAGGGGCAGACCUUGGCCUGUCGUAUGUGGAUGUGGUCAAGUAUGGGUACGCCUCAGAUCUGCUCUCCGCCAGCUUCUGGGGCUUCAAUGCUGCCACCAAUGUGGCAAAUGCAUCAACAGCGUCCCUCGACCACGUGAACGUGACCGUGCACAACGGCGCGGCGAACGUGUACGCCUACGGCACAGACACCGUCGUCAACGUGACCAACCCAUGGCUGUACUCAUCCGGCCCGGUCUCCCACGGCCUGUACGCGAGCGGCAACGCCACCAUCUACGGCAGCAGCAUCGCCCACUUCUCCGGCGGCUACCGCAGCUCCGCCUUCUCGGGCGACUCGCCCAAGGGCAUCAUCUACGUGAGCGACAGCGUCGCGCACACAGCGGGCAUCGGCUCGGCGACCUCCUACGCCCUCGGCGAGAUCUUCGCCGACAACGUCCUGUCGGUGUCGGAGAAGGGCCCCGUGGUGUUCAUGGACGGCGCCCAGAACGUCAGCAUCGCCAACAGCGACUGCACCGCGGGCCUGCUCGGCGGGCUCGUCAUCUUCAGCAGCCAGGUGCGCCUGUCCGGAGCCAGCGUCGACAUCAGCGACAGCCGCAUCGCGACCACCGGCGCGGACGUGCCGGGCCUGUGGUUCGGCGACACCAUCGCCGGCGUGCGGCUGUCCAGCGUGCAGGUCGACCUCGCCGACGGCGCGCCGCUCGUCGUCGCGAACUACUCCCAGAUCACGCAGGACUUCGACUACUACGCCUCCAGCCGGGAGGGUGCCGCGUACUCCGGGUUCGGCGAGUCGCCCGUCGACGUCGCGCUGGACGCCACGAGCAACUGGACGCUGACCGCGGACUCGUACGUCCAGAACCUUACGGAUGCGGAUGGGACCCUGGCGAAUAUCGAGAGCGGUGGGCUUAAUGUGUAUUAUAAUGCGGGUGCGCUGCUCAAUGGGUGGCUGGCGAACGGGACGAUCGCACUCUCGGGCGGUGGGUCGGUCACGCCUGGAACGCAGGCUUGA